UCAACUGAACAGAAACAAUUCAACAUGCAUCGCCUAUCACCCUUCUUGCAAAGCCGAACUCACUGUAGAUGAAGCGCUCUGCGGCUCCUCUUCAAUUCCUCGCCGCUGCGGCCACCGACACUUCUGCCAUGUCUUCUCGCUCUUCUUAUCGAGGAGGUAGAAACCAAUGGGGAAGAUACUUUUCCGACAUGCCGAACAGCGGCGGAAGAGACCAGCAAGUUGUGACCGGAGACUCGCACUUCCAGUCAGUUCGGGAAGCCAAUUUAGGUAUCCGUCAAGCAGGAGGUGGAAGUAUCAAUCCACGACCGCGACCUUACAAUCAAAGCCAGCGGCUUCCUCGACCUCCGCGUUACAAUCCAAAUCAACACUUUCGACAAUCUCCACCAUUCGUUCAGAAUCAGAAUCAUCAGUUCCGUCAAGCUUCGCCGUUUCAUCCGAAUCAACCUUUUCGACCUCCUCAGCAGUUCCGGGCGCGCCCACCGAAGCCCUUGGAUUAUCGAGAUUGGGAGUAUGCAAAAACGGCACCACCUCCUAAUUCUGAGAAGUUUAUUGUUCUUUCCUAUAAUAUACUGGCUGACUAUCUUGCUAUUAACCAUCGGAGCAAACUUUACUUUCACAUUCCUCGCCAUAUGUUAGACUGGGAGUGGAGAAAAAGAAAUAUACUUUUUGAGCUUGACUUAUGGUCUGCUGAUAUAUUGUGCUUUCAGGAGGUUGAUAAAUUUCAGGAUUUAGAAGAACAGUUGAAGAUACGGGGAUACAGUGGCAUUUGGAAGAUGCGAACUGGCAAUGCGGUUGAUGGUUGUGCAAUGUUUUGGAGAACAUCAAGAUUCAAGUUGCUGUAUGAAGAAUCUAUUGAGUUCAAUAAGCUUGGACUUCGGGAUAAUGUCUGUCAGAUAUGUGUGCUAGAGCAGUUAACGAGUAAACAUUGUAAUGCACAUUCAUUGGCUCAGCCUCCAAGUUCAGCAGGUUCUAAUAAAGUGAUCGUAUGUAAUAUUCAUGUGCUUUACAAUCCUAAAAGAGGAGAAAUUAAGCUUGGUCAGGUUAGAACAUUCCUAGAUAAAGCAUAUGCUGUUUCAAAAACGUGGAAUGCACCAGUUGUUCUUUGUGGAGAUUUUAACUGUACACCAAAGAGUCCAUUGUACAAUUUUAUCUCGGAACAGAAGUUAGAUUUGUCUGGAGUUGAUCGAGAUAAGGUAUCAGGACAAGCUUCGGCUGAAAUACGUCCUCCAAGGCCAUAUAACCUAAGUCAUAUUCCUAAUCCCAAUCCCAGGACUUAUUCUUCCAAUAACUCAAACCAGCUGGCUGAUUCUCUGUUUGACACACAAAAGCAGAAUUAUCCGGACAAAAGUGAGGAGAAUAUUCCUUCUAUUAAUGAUUACUCUCAGCCUCAACAUACUAGAACUGUGCUAGAUGUGUCUUAUAUGUCAUGCAAAUCGGUGCAAUUUGGGACUGUGGACAAUGCAGUAUGUGUUGAAGAGACAAAAGAAACUCAGCAGGAUGUUAUAGACAGUUGUAAGGAAGGUGCCAAGUCAACUAUCUCAGUUUUGAUUGAUAGCAUUGAGGAAAAUCUAACUGUAUCUCAUAGUGAGAGUCAGUUUGCUGAUGGUAAAAUGAAUGAGCAGAUUUAUAAGUUAAAUCCUACAUCAGCUUCCCCUGCUCAAGACGCCUAUCCAGAUAAGAAUGAGAUGGAACAGACAAAGUCUUCUUCUCUUUCUAGUCAGGGAUUGCCAUGUGAGCAUUCCCACUCUAACAUUUAUAAAGAAAAUAAAGGCACAGACUUCAAUAAUCUUGCACAAUCUCUUAAAGUCUCUCGUCUGGAGAGCUCUGGAAAUCUGCCUUCCCAGCCAGUUGUUAAUGAUGAGAAUUGUGACCUUUCAGCCCCCUUUCAAGCCAAUAUCUCAAGUGUCUCUACAAGCAUUUACCAUGCAGAUAAGAAACUGGAUGAUGCAUCUCGGCAGGAGAUAAACAACUUCCAAUUGGAAAGCGAAAUGAUAGGUGAAAGUCGAAGUACAUUUUUAUCUGCGCUACAUAACUCAGAAGAUUCCUCAGACAUUUGUCGAAUCGGACAAUCUGAUUUGGGUCUCUCCCAGAAUGAAUUUGCUUCUGAUCCAAAUGACUCAGAGUUGCAUUCACCUAUUAAUGAAGUUCUUGAUGACUUUUCUCUGGACCCAGAUUCUGAGGCUGUCAGUGUGGACAGAAAUGCAUAUGAUCCAUCAUUAUGGACUCCAAUGGAAAUGGCAACUGCUACUGGCAAUGCAGACAGUAUGCUUUUGGAACAUCCUUUGAAGCUUAAAAGCACUUAUGCAGGAAUGGAGGACUGUUCAGGGACAAGAGACUCAAAUGGCGAACCAUUGGUGACCAGCUACAAUAGGUGUUUCUUAGGCACAGUUGACUACAUAUGGUGUUCGGAACGUCUCCAGACUAUCAGGGUGCUUGCUCCAAUACCAAAACAUGCUAUGCAAUGGACACCUGGAUUUCCAACAAAGAAAUGGGGUAGCGAUCAUAUUGCCUUAGCUUCCGAGUUGGCAUUCACAAAAGACAAUCAAUAAUGACAUGGAAGUCCAGUAGCACUUUGCAAAUCAGAAACAGAUUGCAAUUUACCUCUUAGCCAAUUAGCCUUAAUUUCGCCGUUAAUUACUCUUGUACAAUUCUUUGUAUACAUUCAAAGCUGAAAUUUUGAUUUGUUUAUCAUUUAAUUUUUUGCUGAGAGAUGCUUGAAUGAGAUCUAUAGCAUUUUAAGUUAUGGCCUGUACUAUACAGUUCAUGAGAAUUAGUGCGAGAAACUUUUUCUAGUCCAUUGAACAAUUCUUUGUUGGCAUAUAUUGCUAGAAAUUACUAAGCAGUAAAGAAUUUAGAAUCUGAUUUCUUUCUUUUUCA